AUGCGUACCCUCACCCUCUUGGCCACCUUACUGGCCGUUCUGGCCGGUCUGUACAAUUACCUCAAUGCGCGUCUCGAACAGUUUUACAUCUUCGAACCCGGCCAGUUGCAUGAUCUCUCUCAGCGUGCAAUUGCUGCCCACGGAAACGAUACUCGCGCCGUUGUAAAUUACAUUGUCUCGGAGCUAGAUGAGAAGGUCCCCGGAAGCCACCUGAACAAGGAAGAGGAAUGGGUGUUCAAUAACGCCGGCGGUGCCAUGGGUGCCAUGUAUAUUAUUCAUGCUAGUAUCACGGAGUACUUGAUUAUUUUUGGAACCGCAAUCGGCACCGAAGGCCACACUGGCCGUCACACUGCGGAUGAUUACUUCAACAUCCUUCAGGGUACCCAGCUUGCCUAUGUCCCUGGAUCCUACGAACCUGAGGUCUACCCUCAGGGCAGCGUGCACCAUCUCAAGCGUGGUGAGGUGAAGCAAUACAAGAUGGAUGCGUCCUGCUUCGCGCUGGAAUAUGCCCGUGGCUGGAUCCCUCCCAUGCUCUUCUUCGGAUAUGCCGAUACUUUCUCCAGCACUCUGGAUUUCCCUACCCUGUGGGCUACUUCUAGAAUCACGGGCCGGGAGAUGAUCGCCAACUUGUUCAAGGGGAAGCUGUAA